CUAUGUUUGAGAGAUAAAAGAGAAUCUCACCUCAUCUAUCCCCGUUUCCCACAUGAUUUUACAUAUAUGACCUUAGACAUAUCCGAUAACAUAGACCAAAAUCUUAUCACUAUCUUCCCCACAUGUUGUCAGUUCAUAGAUUCUGCCAUAGCAAACGGCGGGAGCGUCCUAGUUCAUUGCAACGUAGGCGGAAUCUCAAUGUCUCCUGCUAUAGUCAUCGGCUACCUUAUGUCAAAACUCGAUUGGUCAUAUGAGAUGGCUUUGACGUUUGUACAAGGGAAGAGGUAUUGCGUGGCACCUAUGACUUUCCAAAUCCAGUUGAAAGAGUACGAGCCCAUUUAUCUGGCACAAAAAAUGAUGGUCUCACAAGAACCUCGGAUAGCAAAGCUCAAGAGGCAGUUGGAAGACAGGUGA